AUGGCUUCCAUCGAUUCUGUCCUUCAGGGUGUUUCCGUUUCUGGCAAGGUUGACGACAUCCACCGCAAGAUCCUCACACCCGAGGCCCUCGCCUUUCUUGCACUGCUGCACCGUUCUUUUAAUGAGCGACGCAAGAAUCUCCUUGAGCGCCGCAAGGCUCGCCAGGCCGAGCUUGAUCGAGGAGUUCUCCCUGACUUUCUUCCUGAGACUAAGCACAUUCGCGAGAACCCUACAUGGAAGGGUGCCCCUCCCGCCCCGGGCCUGGUGGACCGUCGUGUCGAGAUCACCGGCCCCACAGACCGGAAGAUGGUUGUCAACGCACUAAACGCCAACGUCUACACUUACAUGGCUGACUUUGAGGACUCCAGUGCCCCAACUUGGGACAAUAUGAUUAAUGGACAGGUCAACCUGUACGACGCCAACCGUCGUCAGGUCGACUUCAAGCAGGGACAGAAGGAAUACAAGCUUCGCACCGACCGCAAGCUUCCUACUCUCAUUGUCCGUCCUCGUGGCUGGCACCUGGAGGAGAAGCAUGUCACAGUUGAUGGCGAGCCUAUCUCUGGUUCCCUCUUCGACUUUGGUCUUUACUUCUUCCACAAUGCCUUUGAGACGCAACGCCAGGGUUUCGGUCCUUACUUCUACCUCCCAAAGAUGGAGAGCCAUCUUGAGGCUCGCCUUUGGAACGAUGCCUUCAACCUUGCUCAAGACUACAUCGGUAUGCCCAGAGGCACCAUCCGAGGUACUGUUCUGAUUGAGACCAUUCUUGCCGCUUUCGAGAUGGACGAGAUCAUUUAUGAGCUUCGUGACCAUAGCUCUGGUCUCAACUGCGGUCGAUGGGACUACAUCUUCAGCGUCAUCAAGAAGUUCCGCAACAACCCCAACUUUGUCCUGCCAGACCGUUCGGCGGUCACCAUGACUGUUCCCUUCAUGGAAUCAUAUGUUAAACUUCUGAUCCAGACAUGCCAUAAGCGUGGUGUUCACGCCAUGGGUGGUAUGGCUGCACAGAUCCCCAUCAAGAAUGAUACUGCUGCCAACGACAAGGCUAUGGAGGGCGUUCGCGCCGACAAGCUCCGUGAAGUCCGUGCUGGACACGACGGCACUUGGGUUGCCCACCCUGCUCUUGCAAGCAUCGCGACCGAGAUCUUUGACAAGCACAUGCCAACUCCCAACCAGCUUUUUGUGAGAAGAGAGGACGUUACCAUUGGUCAGAACGAUCUACUCAACAUGAACGUCCCCGGUACUAUCACGGAAGAGGGAAUCAAGAAGAACCUUAAUAUUGGUCUCGGUUAUAUGGAGGCAUGGAUCCGUGGAGUGGGUUGUGUCCCUAUCAACUACCUCAUGGAGGAUGCUGCCACCGCCGAGGUCUCUCGAAGUCAGCUAUGGCAAUGGGUCAAACAUGGUGUUAACACUGCUGAGGGCAAGCGUGUUGAUAAGUCGUAUGCUUUGAAGCUUCUCAAGGAGGUUGCUGACCAGCUCGCUGCGUCUGCCCCCAAGGGUAACAAGUACCACCUUGCUGCUCAAUACUUCUCUAGUCAGGUCACUGGCGAGGAUUAUGCCGACUUCCUCACAACUCUUCUUUACAAUGAAAUCACUCAGGCCGGACCUCCUAGCCCUGCUUCUAAGCUAUAA